AUGCGCAACAAAGAUAAAAUUGUAUUGGUACCUCAUCCAAGUGAUGACCCUCGAGAUCCAUUGAAUUGGCCGAUGAGAAAAAAGGCACCAAUUGUAGCCGCCUUAUGUCUUGCAACAUUCGCCGGUCUUGCUAGUUGUCUUGCCGGCCAAUUAAUACCGGCACCACAAGCCAAGUUGUAUGGGGUUGAGAUUACUAAAUUGGCUUUUCAGACAUCAUGUUCCAAUGCCGGCAUGAUAGUAGGAUCUUUAAUACUCUUUCCACUAUCUCAUAAACUCGGUCGUUCCUCAGUAAUCUUAUGCUCUACGGUUGGAGUCUUCGUCACACAAGUAUGGGCAGCAAGCAUGACGCAUUCCACACAAUACGCUCCGUUUAUGGCUUCCAGAGGCAUGGCCGGAUUCUUUGGAAUUAUAGCCGGUAUCCUUGGUCCACGUGUACUUUUUGAUCUCUUCUUCUUACACCAGCGAGGCCGUGUCUUUACUUACUUUUACUGGGCUCUCGAUUUUGGCACAGUUACUUAUGCUUUUUGGUGGACAGCAGGGCUUGCAGCUUUGGCUGCAAUUAUGGUCUUUCUGUUUGUGUAUGAAACUUCUUGGGAUCGAUCGGAGGGGAGUGAUAAUUCCGCGAUCGCGACGCCAGAUGGAUUUGUUGCGAGUAAAAUUGCGACAUUUUUCCCGGGGACAAAAGUCACGAAACCGGUCAGUGCGAUACAAGUCUAUAGGAUUGCAGCCAAUCCAUUUUUGGUCAUGGCUAGUCCGCCAAUGAUAUUGUUGGCUAUCUUCACACUCAUCAGUUUUGGAUUCUAUAUUGCUAUGAAUGCGAUUACACCUGUAUGGUUGCAGAAACCUGUGAAACUGGGAGGCGAUCGUCUUCCCCUCUGGAUCUGUUCCCGCAACCACGGUAUCUGGAAACCCGAAUAUCGCCUCUACCCCCUCAUCCUACCCGCCUUAAUCUCCAACCCUAUCGGUCUAGGUCUUUUUGGCGCCGCCCUCCAAAAUCAUUGGAACUGGGGAUUUCUCAUAUGGGCCCAGAUAAUAGUAACUUUCGGAUCCCUCUCCAUAACUCCAAUAACAGUCAACUACGCUUGCGAACUGUUCACCAAAGUACCUGCCGAGACCGCCAUUGUGAUGAAUAACUAUAGAGUGGGUUUUGGCUUAUCAGUAGCGUUCUACAUUACAUCCUGGGUGAAGAAGCUAGGCUUCAGAUGGACGUAUGGAUUGAUGGCAUUUUUACAGGUGGCGAGCUUUGGGUUCGUGGUGUUGUUGAUGUGGAAGGGGCAUGAGAUUGACAGUGUAAAGUAG